GUUUAUCUCAAUUUAAACCAGCCGGCAUUAAUUGUAUUUCUUGGCUUAUAGUGUUUGAAUCUUUAUCAUGUGGUUUAUUGAUAUGAACUUGUGACUGAGUUGUGUUAACGUGUGCAUAGAUCUGCAGGCGUCUCCUCGACUGCUCACCCAGUCUGCCGUCCUGGCACCAACUGACUGAUAUCUUUGGCACCGGAGUUAGCAGCUGAGAUGAUCCACAGUCUGUUCCUGAUUAAUCACGCGGGAGACAUCUUCCUGGAGAAACACUGGAAGAGUGUCAUCAGCAGGAGUGUCUGUGAUUACUUCUUCGAGGCAAAGGAGAAGGCAGUUGAACCGGAGAAUGUUCCCCCCGUGCUGCAGACCCCACACCACUACCUCAUCUCCAUUUACAGAGACAAGCUCUUCUUCCUGUCUGUCGUCCAGACUGAAGUCCCUCCGCUGUUUGUCAUUGAGUUCCUGCACAGAGUGGCAGACACAAUUCAGGACUACUUUGGAGAGUGCACUGAAAGUCUAAUCAACGACAAUGUAGUGACCUUGUACGAGCUGUUGGAGGAGAUGCUGGACAACGGCUUCCCCCUCGCAACAGAGUCCAACGUCCUCAAAGAGAUGAUCAGGCCUCCCACCAUCUUGCGAUCAGUGGUCAAUACGCUCACAGGAAGCAGUAAUGUCGGAGAUAAACUACCAACGGGUCAAUUGUCCAGUAUCCCCUGGAGGCGAGCUGGUGUUAAAUACACCAAUAAUGAGGCAUAUUUUGACGUAAUAGAGGAAAUAGAUGCCAUUGUGGACAAAUCAGGAACGACAGUGUUUGCAGAGAUCCAGGGAGUAAUUGAAGCCUCCGUGCGUCUCACUGGGAUGCCUGAUCUGUCUAUGACCUUUAUGAAUCCAUCUCUUCUCGAUGACGUGAGUUUCCACCCGUGUGUGAGGUUUAAGCGCUGGGAGUCGGAGCGGGCCCUCUCCUUCAUCCCGCCUGAUGGGAACUUCACACUCAUGAACUAUCAUGUGAGCACUCAAAACCUCGUGACCAUUCCGGUGUACGUGAAGCAAAACAUCUGCUUCUUUGAGACGGGACCUUGUGGCCGCCUGGAAAUCACAGUAGGACCCAAGCAGACCAUGGGGAAGACAGUGGAGGCGCUGAUGGUCACCAUCCACAUGCCUAAAGCUGUGCUCAGUGCCAACCUCACAGCCACACAGGGAAACUACACCUACGACCUCGCUACCAAGGUGUUGGUUUGGGACAUUGGAAAACUGAACCCCCAGAAGCUUCCCAACUUGCGAGGCAGUCUGAGUCUGCAGUCGGGGGCCCCAAAACCUGAAGACAACCCCUCACUCAACAUUGACCUGAAGAUUCAACAGUUGGCCAUAUCAGGCCUUAAGGUGAGCCGUCUUGAAAUGAAUGGAGAGAAGUACAAACCGUUUAAAGGCGUCAAAUACCUGACUAAAGCGGGAAACUUCCAGGUGCGGACCUGAGUAAUGACUGUCAGGGUCAGAGGUCAACAAUUCAAUGUGCCAAAUAGGGGGCAAGUUUAUCAGCUCUCUAAAAUGUCUUAUCCUCUGACUCAUUUGUAUUAAGAACAGUUAUUUAUUAUGUGUCUGGUAUUACAUAUAUACAACUCUAUGGUAUAUUCGGCCUGUAAGGGAAGCCUUAAUAAUGUGACCGUUUUGAAGUGCUAUCUUAUACAGAGAUUAAUAUGCCUCGUUGUUGUUGUUUGAACCAUUCCUCCUUCCUCUUUGGACUGUUUCUGCUCUUUCUUUUAACACUUUCUGAGUGUUGCCAAUGGGGAAUUUGAAAAGGGACACUCGUAAGCACCACCUUGCUCCUCACUAAAUCAACACACCUCUAUAAUCGUACACGCAUGUUGCCUGAGAGUAAGCUGCCAUGCCUUUAAAAACCUUUUUACAUUAUAUAAAGGUAGAACGUUUUAUACAUCAAUGUUUAUUUUUUGAAAAAUCUAUUAUAUCUACGUUCUGAGUCACUGCAGUGUGUCUUUAAAGCAGGUAUGUUUGCACACAUUCACUCUUUAAUGUGGCCUUGUAAGGUAGGUUAAGGUGCUACGUCACAGCACAAACUGCAUAUCUCAGACCCUAAGGGAAAGUACAUUACAAAAUAUAUAUCUUUAUAUCUAAGGUACAUUUGGCUUAUUGAGUACAACUAUAUCUGCAUGGGCUACAGUGCAUACAAGCUAGUGAUUCAGUAAACCUGAAAGAAAUCCUCACUUAAUCCUGAAUGCAACUUCUUUAUUUCGCACAAGAUUUGCACAAUCAAGUGUCCUCGUGAAAAAUACUUCUCAAAGCUCCUGUAUGAAGUUGAAUCUGUAUUUCAGUGUAUACUAUUUCUUAAAAAGCUUUAAAAUGAUGUGUUCAUGUGUGCUCUUUUAGCCAUAUCCACAGUAUGGCUAGUUUUGGUUUACUAAAAUAAUGACUUUAUCCGCUUUGCAGUAUGUUUAGGGAUAAUUCGCAAAUGCUAGCAUGCUAACACACUAAUUGUAAACUGUUAGCAUGGGGAUGGUAGAAUUUAGCUUAAAGCAUCUGUGUCCCUUUGAACAGUGUCACAGAGCUGUUGGCAUGAUGAUAGACUGCAUUUAGGAAGGUUAAGUUUACGAUGUAAAUUGGAAAGAACGUUUCAUUUAACCAUAGUUAUUGUUUACGUGUGCUUUUUGAGUAAUAAUGAGGAAUCUCCAAUUAAUUAAAUACUGCAUUCUUAGUCAAUUCCAAUUCAUCCUAAACAGCUUUUCCAUUUUCUCAUGGCUUCAAAAGUCACGUACAUAUGGCGGAAAUGAUCACAAUGAUUUUGUGGAAUUACAUUUUCAUUUUCAAGUUUACACUGUCAUUUGAACAAAGUCCUUUAUGGGCUUCCAUACCUGAACUGAAGGGCUUCUCAAAUCUUUCUACCGCACAACACUCACAACUCAUUUUAUAUUCUGGUAUCAGUGACUUACAGAAGGGGAAUUUAGAGGCAGACUCCAUUAAUCAUUAUUAGUCUUUUAUUCUUCCAAGGCACAGCAGAUGUGUUGGCAGGGCGACAAGCUAUCAGAGUACAUUCAGGGUGUAAAGACAUCAGGUACACACAGAAGUUCACCCCGUUGUGAAUCAGUGACUGCUACAUGCUCAGUAGCACCAAAUAAAGAGGAAAAUGUGGUUAACAUGUAGAGCCCUGACUAACCAUCACGGGGGCGGCUUACUAAUACUGAUAAAGUGAAGAGGCUUCACUCAUACACACGCAUACAGAUUCUCCAUUUAAUAGUUGAAUUUACCCAGCCAUUGUAAAAUUGUGCAAUAAAACUUGAUGAAUGACUGUUGCAAAUGAAAUGUAUGUAUUCAUUAAUCAGAUUGCGUUUAAUAUUGAGUUACCAAUCAUAAAUCAAUAGUCUGCUGUGUAAUUAUUCCAGACAAAAACCUACAACAAAUAAAAAACACUGGCAUCACUGCCUGAUAAUCAAAUAUAACGUUUUUUGUUCUUAAACCACCGGGGUUAAGUCUGUGUGAAGAUUAUGCUUCAGAGCAUUUAGGAUGGGACUACUGAGCUCACACAUGGAGAGUGGAAAUCUAAAUGCAGGAGGUUGAUGGCUUUUAAAAUGACUUGUAUUGAUAUUUGAAUUUUGAAUAAAGUACCCAAACAGUUCAACUGUUACAGAGAGAGUAAAGAAACAAAGCACCACAAUUUGUUUAAAAAAAAAAGAAAAUACUCUUUUUCUUUUGCUAAGAAAAAAUAACAGACCUCAAAAAGUACCUCAUAAGAAAAAGUUCUGUUUUGAUAUUUGCAAGAACCUGAAUUGCAAUAGAUUAUAUGAAGCUUACAGUCAUGUAAAACAAAUCCUUUGGAAUUAUUCACUGUUAAAGUUGAAUAAAGGUUAAACAAAGAACUCAAACACACAUUAAAAACAUCUCAACUCACCUCUUCCUUCCCCUUACUGACAUUCAUGCAGCAAAUAUCAUGUGACAACCUCUUAUCAA